AUGGAAGCCUCAAAACCCUCUCUAGAAGCGCUACGCAUGAGAGAGGUCGAGAAGAUUGCUGCGACUAUCGCUGCAGAAGCUCACCAGUUCGGACUGGAGCCAAGAGGAGUUUCGGAAGACUCUUUGAGAGCUGUCCUUGAAAGCACUCAAUCGCUGCUCAAUAAACUCAAGACUUGGACGAGUUCGUCUAGUACCUCGAUCGAGCUGGGAGACUUUCACUAUUUCCAAAAUCUCCCCGAUGAAUUGAAGGUCCUCAUCUGGAAAUUCUCACUGCCGUCGGCGAGAAUUUUGCCCGUUCAGCACCAUAUUGACCACGACCGUUAUGCCAAGGACCGAUCGGAUCAAGAGCUAGAGCCUGGCGAACCAGCAGCAUUGGAAUUAUUCCUUGAAUACCAGAAAGAUCCUUCGAAGUACAUGACCACGGUUCUUCGCCAUGAACAAUCGAGUAUCUUGUGGGUCUGCAGGCAAUCCCGCGAAGAGGCCUUGAAAGUAUUCAGCCUUCGGCUAGACACCACAAAAACUACUUGCGGUUUCAGAAUUGAUCCCGGCUUCGAUACUCUCUACUUUCAAUACUCUAACAGACGGAACCACGAUAUGCACUUCAAAUUCGAGACUGGUCAGCUCUGGCAGAGCAUCGCAUUGAGCGCGAUCCAGCACCUUGCGUUCGACACGAAGAGACUGACCAACAUCUUGGAUGUUGAGCUGGGCAAUCCAUUCCGAAGAUUGGGUGCUUUGAAGGAUAUCACUGUUGUAUGCCACAGCACGGGGUGUAGAUUGCACGAUCGUGAACUCGCAUAUCGGAGCAUUCACCUCGAAGUCCUCGUCGAAAACUCGCCGCCUUUCCCGGUAAUUGGAAGUUAUGAGCAGAUUCAGAGGUUGCGAGAUAGAUUCUCAGUAUGUCGGGCGACAAAGCCAGAUUGGCACGUGCCAAGCAUUAUUCUCAAGACAGCGAGAAUGGAAGGUAGUUCCAAGAUAUGCUGCGAGAUGACGUGGAAAGAACUCCAAGCCGUAAUUGGUAUGUGAGAGAUUAGAUACCAUCUACCUGGUCUCUGCAACCAAUGACGGCAUGUACAUUCUGGACGAUAAAUGCUGGCUUAAUUUUGCAGUGAAGAAUUAGCUUGAGGGCAUGCUCGCAAGACUCGAUUGGAAGCACAUGGCUAGUGGAAAUUUGCAGCAAAGGAAUAUCUAGCGGAUCCUGGCACUGGCAUUUGCACCCCUAAAUAGCUCGAGAAUAACAA